CCCGCCACCACCGCCGUCACUCCUCACUUUCUCCAAACACUGAUGUUGCUUUGGGGUUUUUUGCUUUGGGGUUGUCGACGAAAAGAAUGAUCCGUUUUCUAUGGCACCCCAAAAAGCACUUGAAAGUAUUGGAAAAACAUUGAGUGUACAGUAUGAGAGGUGGCAACCCAGGGCCCGUUAUAAAGUUCAGCUGGAUCCCACUGUGGAAGAGGUAAAAAAGCUUUGUAGUACAUGUCGCAAGUAUGCAAAGACUGAACGGGUUCUCUUCCAUUAUAACGGACAUGGUGUUCCAAAGCCAACAGCUAGUGGUGAAAUUUGGCUUUUUAACAAGAGUUAUACCCAGUAUAUCCCCUUACCUAUUAGUGAUCUGGAUUCAUGGUUGAAGACACCUUCCAUUUACGUGUUCGACUGUUCUGCUGCUGGGAUGAUAGUCAAUGCCUUCACUGAGCUUCACGAUCCCUCUGGAUCAACGAGGGACUGCAUUUUGCUUGCAGCAUGUGAAUCACAUGAAACUCUUCCCCAAAGAGCUGAAUUUCCUGCAGAUGUUUUUACCUCUUGCCUUACAACACCAAUCAAGAUGGCCUUGAGAUGGUUAUUCGAGCUCGGUUGCUACAGUUCAGGAAGAGGAAUGUCAAGCCCUUGCUGCAUUUGGUGCCUGUUUCCAAUAUUAAUAAUUGUUUGAAGAAGCAUUUUCGAGACCUUUAAAAUGUCGUGAUCUUUGAAUUUAUAUAAUUCUGUUUGGUUGCAGUUAAUUUUACAAGCGUGUUUUCAUUGUUGGUGGAAUCAGACUUGAAUAAUAUGGGAUUUAUGUGCUUUAAGAUAUGAAUGGGAUUUAUUGUUGCUUUAAGAUA